GAAGCGUUUCGCACGCACACGCGACAUUAUAAACUACGAACCGACGGUUUUACGAAAACUUUUCGCGCGCGUUCCUGAAAGUUUCCUAUUUUAAAAGUGGACUAUUUUAAUUUUUCUUCUGAUUUUUUUGAAAUCAUACGAUGUGAAUUGGGAUUUUGAAUAAGAAGGUCUAUACUCAAUGGUAAAAUCAAAUCCCUGCGUACUGAGCCACCAUCUACCUAUACGAGGAAUAAGGUCCCGCUUCACUAACGUUGUUCUUAGUGCAUUGGAAUCGGUGAUAACUGUAAAGAUGGGUUCACCUUAACUAUCAACAACUCUCAACAACCCAAACCAAACCGAAGCGAAAAUGGUGUCACCCAACGUCACCUACUGCGACUUGAAACAGUUCAGCAAAGACUUCCGCAGUUGCCACAUCUAUCUCAGCUUCAUCAUCUGCAUCCUAGGUUCUAUCUUGAAUGUCUUUAACAUCUUCAUCUUGAGUACCAAACAAAUGCGCUCCCCCACCAACUUCAUACUGACCGCCUUAGCAACCGCUGACGUCAUAGUGAUGCUAGAAUACAUGCCCUUCGCUUACUUACAAGACCGCAGCAGCUCAGCGUCGUUCUUUAGCUACAACUCCGCGACUUUUGUGAUUUUCCAUGCGGUGUUUACGAAUGUUUUCCAUUUCAUUUCGUGCAGUUUGGCGAUUAUUUUGGCCGUUUGGAGGUAUAUCGCCGUGAAGUUUCCUCAGAAUAAUCAGAGCUGGUGUGAUGAAAGUAGAACCAGAUACACGAUAGUAUUCACGUACUUCUUCUGCGCAUGUGUGUGCGUUCCUUUGCUGGUCUCUAUGAAGAUAAACGCUCGAAAUGCCUUCCAGUGCACCAACGGUACCAUUUAUCUUAAUAAAACCCUGAUAAGCAACUGGAGUGAUGUAAAGAACAUUACCAUAUACCUCACCGGCUACAGAAACAAUAUCUUCAGGAAUAUUAGCUUUUACGUAUACGGAAUUGUACUCAAAUUAAUGCCCUGUAUAUUGCUGGUGCUGUUGUCAAUAUUGUUGGUGAUCGAGCUGUUCAAAGCGAAACAGCGUAAGAAAGCGCUGAUGUCUAACAGUAAGGAGACCAGGCUGCUGAAGAAGAAAACGAACCAGAAGCAUCUGGAUAAGGAGAAGCAGUUUAAUCGCACCACGAAGAUGUUGGUGGCCGUGCUAUUGUUGUUCUUGAUGGCGGAGUUUCCGCAAGCCAUGAUGGGGCUGUUGUUGCAUAUUUUGGGGGAUGUGUUUGCUAAAGAGUGUUAUGGGCCGUUGGGCGAUCUACUGGACAUCUUCACCCUAACAAUUUCAGCCAUCAAUUUCGUCCUUUACUGCAUCAUGUCCCAAAAAUUCAGGGAGGUGUUUAGGGAAACGUUUUUCCCUUAUCUGCCUUGCGGUAAAACUGUCAAGAACCAGUGGAUAUCAUUACAAACUGUCAAUACAGUGGUGUAAAUUUUAUUAAAAAAUGUAUGUGAUAAUUAAAUUAUGUAUGUAAAUAUUUAAAUGUGUGAAUAAGGCUCUUGAUAUCAUAGGGAUAAUUUUAUUACGCCUUAUGUAGGACAAAUUUUUUUUUAAAUUAAAGCUCGUGGGGUGUUUACGCAUCUCCCUUAAAAAAAUAACAUUUGUCCAUGACAUAUUAUUCCUCUCCAAUUUAAAUUAUUUACCCUCAAACAAAAAGAUAAAAACAAAAGGGUUGGUUUGAAUAACAAAACGGGCCCUACGGGGGAUUUUUGGCAAUUGGAUUUUUUUAAUUACGUAAAUUGUAUAAACUUAAGCCCUAUGAUAAGCAUGUUAAGAGGGGUGUGUUUUUAACCAAAGAUAGCUUUAAGGAGUAGUAAAAUUUUAUAGGAUGCACAUUUUUUUAAAGUUAGUGUCUCUACCUGGAAGUCUCUGAAAUUAUUAUCACGUCCAGAAUCUCUAUAAUAUAUUUAAUACAUUAUUUUA